AUGCUAGCCAGACAAGAUGAUGCGCUUUGCAGCGCUUUCUACAAAAGGGCUCGAGCUGCCAAGACAGCCGAGAAGCCGCAGGAGGGGCUCAGCAACGCAACAGUCAGGACUGGGAGUACCUCUAUAAGACUGUCAACGCAGAGAGAAACCGUCUUGAAUAUGAAAACAAAGCGUAAGCAGCAGCAGCAGACGCAGCAGACGCAGCAGCAGCAGAAGCAGCGGCAGAAGCAGCAGUAG